AUGAGCGGAAUCCGAUCUGGCUCCAACGACUUUGGUAGCGGCGAGUGUAGUUCAUAUGGGGAAUCCCAGGAACGGGAGCUUGAAUCUGUGUCGGUGUCCGGAUCGCAGAUGGCAGCACCCCAAAAAACAAAAAAACCCUCGUCGCUUCUACAGCUCGUGAAAGCCGAAAACCCCAGCAUAGAUGAGGCCAAGCACCUCCUUUCAGACCGCACCCCUGAUGACAUUAGUCAAGCGAUAGAGCAGAAGGACUCAAGAGGAAACAGUGUGAUCCACUAUGCCUGUGCCAAGGCACUCGUACCCUGGGUAGAACUUCUCAUAGUCAAAGGAGCAGAUCUUAAUGUGGAAGGCAAAGAUGGACAAAGACCUAUACAUUUCACAGUCAAAGGGGAAGCCAAAAACGUCAGCCAACAAGAAGCAAAGUCCGGAAUAGUAACUUCACCCCUUUUCCACAUCACAUGCCAGAACGAUCAGUUUGAAAAUGCCAUGCUGCUACUCAAGCACGGUGCCGAUCCUCUGGCAAAGGAUAGGGUAGGAGAAGAUACACCCCUUCACAUCAUACUUAGGAAAAAGCAAGUGAAACAUGCCCUUCGAUUCCUUGAAAUUUGCAAAAAGAACGGACACGACAUGCCAAAGAUUUUGUUAGCUCGAAACGCAAACCAGCAAUGCGUGAUCCAUGAGGCGGUCAAGUGCGGUGACAAGGAACUCGUCACGUACUGCAUAGAACACGUUUCUAAACCGGAUGAUUACGAUGACCUCUUGUAUGUCAGGUCAAGGAACACAUCGACAUUAAUGCACACUGCCUGCAGACACGGACAUGUUGGUAUUGUCAAAAUGCUUGCUGAAAUGUGUCCUAAGCUCCUUGAGAGUCGUAGCGAGAGCGGAUACACGCCGCUACACGCUUCCUGCAGUAGAAAUCAAGCCGAGGUGACUAAAAUCGUCUGUGACCUGUUACAAGAGAGUUUUUAUGAGCUCGUUGCCUGGGACAAGGACAUGAUCAACGAGGCUGAUCCUGAUGAUGGUAACUCCUUGAUCCACUUAAUAGCACGAAAAGGUCAUCAUCAAACAACAAUGGCUAUUCUGAAGAAUCCGGAUGUUCAAACGAAGAGAAAGAAUAAGAUGGGACAAACAGCACUCCACGUGGCGAUUAAAGGAGGUCACAGAAUGACUAGUGAUCUCAUCUUGAAAACUGACAAGGAACUAGCAGGAACCAAGGACAAGGAUGAGAUGACACCGCUCAUGUAUGCCUGCCGAAAAGGGGAUAUCUUGAUCGUUGAAUUGCUCUUGAACAUGCUACAGGAGCAGAUAGGGUUUCUUGAAUGUGACGUGAAGGAUCUGAAUUGCUUAGACUAUGCCAUCGACAACGGGCACGAGUAA